ACAGCUGUUUUCGAACUGUCUGGCAGCGCCGUAAUUUAUACAUUUCGUUUCGUCACAUUAAUUUUAAACAAAAUUAACAAAAAAUUAAAGUUUAAGCAUUAGCUGAAUUGUUUAUAAGUAUUAUCCAAUGGGCAAAGGCGUACCAGAUAGAUGGCUCGAUUACAGUGCCAUAGGAAAGCGUGUACCCGGCACGCGAUUCAUAGCGUUCAAGGUGCCGCUGAAUCAGAAUCUCAAUAAACAUGUGGACGAGGAGCUGCGACUGGGGCCCGAAUCGGUGCUGGAGUCGGUGCCCAAUCUGGGCAUGAUCAUCGAUCUGACCAACACAGACCGCUACUAUCGGCCGCAGUCCUUCACGCAGAACGAUGUGCUGCACCAGAAGCUGAUGAUACCCGGAAAGCAGACGCCGUCAGCGGCAUUGGCACAAAAAUUCUGUCGCUAUGUGAAAGACUUCCUCGCGGUGAAUGUGGACAAUGAUAAACUGAUUGGAGUCCACUGUACACAUGGCGUGAAUCGGACUGGAUACUUGAUCUGCUACUUCAUGAUAACCAUGCUGAACAAGUCACCCCUGGAGGCCAUCGAGAGCGUUGCUGCGGCACGAGGCCACAAGAUUGAGCGCGAGAACUACUUGAGCUCGCUGCGACGGCUGGCCAAGCUGGAUGCGGAGUCCAGCGAAGAGCCCAGCCAGGACACAGGCUAUACGAGUCACUACAACAAGCGGCACAACUGGAACGAGCAGGCAGGCGGACGACAGCAGCAUUAUCAGCAGCAGCAUCAGCCGGAGGGACGCUAUCAGCAAAGAUACAACCAGAGAGCCCAUGACAGGAGCCAAGAUGAUGUGCGACAGAGCAGGUGGCAAAGUAACAGCGGUGGCUACCGCGACCAUAGCAGAGGUCGCCCACAGCAGGAGGAUCGCUUUGGGUCGAGCGACAAUGGAUGGAAGCAGCAGCAGCAGCGGGGUCGUCAGCAAUAUCAGGAUAGGAGCAGAGAUCGCAUCACGGACUGGCGCCGACCUCAACAGCAAGAGCAGCGAACAAGCGGAACAUAUCAUGGAGAUUUUCGCAGCAGGAAUUCGGACUGGAAAAGCACCAGAAAUGGCCAUAGCGAUGAUCCUGAAUGGAACAAGCCACAUUGGAAUGGCGCCCAACACAGUAACAACUGGCGACAGAGCCAUGAACAGGCGAGAAACGGCGACUGACUGAACCUUCAAUAAGCUUUCAAAGACUAAAUUCAACCCACCAGACCACCAGAGUAACGACAGCAACCAGAGCAACACAUAAGCUACCGUGUAAAGAACAAUUAAAAUUCAUUUGCAACAUG